AUGCAUGGAGCCAACAGCUCCAGCCUGACACCAAGGUACUUCAUUCUUAAUGGGAUUCCUGGGCUCGAAGCCACACACAUGUGGAUUUCCCUGCCAUUCACCGUCAUGUACAUCAUUGCUGUUGUCGGGAACUGUGGGCUUAUUUACCUCAUCAGCCAUGAGGAGACCCUGCAUCGGCCCAUGUAUUACUUCCUAGCCUUGUUGUCCCUUACAGAUUUUAGUGGGUGCACUUCAUUUGUCCCCAAUAUGUUAUGUAUCUUUUGGUUCAGUCUCAAAGAGAUCGACUUUAAUGCCUGCCUUGUGCAGAUGUUUUUCAUCCACAUGCUGAUGGCCAUGGAGUCUGGAGUGCUCAUGCUUAUGGCUCUGGAUCGCUAUGUGGCCAUUUGCUACCCUCUUCGCUAUGAAACCAUCCUCACCAACACUGUAAUUAUCAAGAUUAGUCUUGCCACCUUCAUUCGAAGUGUGUCGCUCACGAUCCCGUUUACUUUCCUGCUCAAGCAUCUUCCCUACUGCAGGGGCAACCUUGUCCACCAUACCUAUUGUGAUCAUAUGUCUGUGGCCAAAUUAUCCUGUGGCAACAUCAAGAUUAAUGUUAUCUAUGGUCUCAUAGCUGUCAUAUUCAUUGCAGGAUUUGAUAUGUUCUGUAUCUCCAUGUCUUACACCACUAUUAUCCGUGCUGUAGUCAAUCUGUCAUCUGCAGAUGCUCGCCAGAAUGCCUUCAGCACCUGUACGUCACACAUAUGUGCAAUUGUCAUCACCUAUGUCCCAGCCUUCUUCAACUUCUUCACUCAUCGCUUUGGGGAACGCACUAUACCUCACCACGUCCACAUUUUUAUAGCCAACCUCUACCUGUUGCUGCCUCCCACCUUGAACCCAAUUGUCUAUGGAGUGAAGACCAAGCAGAUCCGUGAAGGAAUGAUCAGAUUGUUUUUUAAAGAGAAAAGUAUUUUGAAUAUUUGA